AUGGACACAGUAAUUGAAGAUUUUAAUAUUAUCACGGAAGGAAAUGCUAGCAUUCUUUUUCCCAAAGACAAUAAAGUUUUCUAUAAUAAUGUUCAACAAUUUAAUCGUGAUGUGUCUAUUGCAGCGAUAAGGACAUGGAAAGCAUUAGCCGCGAGUGGGUUGCGUUCAAUUCGGUAUGCAAAAGAAAUUCCAAAUGUAAAAUUCAUUGUUGCUAAUGAUUUGGAUGAAGAUGCUGUAAAUUCUAUAAAUCGAAACAUAGAAUACAAUAAUUUGAGCAAAGAUUUUGUGAGAGUAAAUCAGGGCGAUGCUUGUUCAGUGUUGUAUCAGCAUCGAAAAAAUCCAGAUCGGUUUGAUGUUAUAGAUCUUGAUCCAUACGGAACAGCUGCACCAUUUAUAGAUGGAACUGUCCAAGCCGUAGAGGAAGGAGGUCUUCUUUGUAUAACAUGUACUGACUUGGCCAAUCUCACAGGUUCAAAUUAUCCGGAAAAAUGUUACGCAAAUUAUGGAGCUAUUCCUGUUAGAGGAGAUUUUUGUCAUGAAAUGGCACUCCGGAUUCUUUUGCAUACGUUGUCAACAUCUGCUGCUAGAUAUCAACGCCGCAUAGUUCCUUUAUUAUGUUGCAGUAUUGAUUUUUAUAUUCGUGUUUUUGUAAGAGUUUUUACUGCUGCAGCAGAGGUAAAGAAAAACCCAUGCAAAACAUCAAUGUUGCAUGUAUGCAACGGGUGUCACUCUUAUUAUAUGCAACCUUUGGCUAAAUUAACAGAGAAAGGCACAUUUUUGCCAGUAUCAGGUUCAGUUGUUGACAAAAAUUGCGUAAAUUGUAAAAAUACAUUUCAGAUGGGAGGUCCUAUGUGGAGUCACUCUAUACAUGAUAAAGAAUUUGUUCACAGAAUGCUUAAACAUAUAAAAUCUCUUAAUGAAGAAACAUAUAAAACUCAUUCAAGAAUGUUGGGAAUGUUAACUGAAAUAGAUGUUCCUCUGUAUUAUAACCCUGCAGGUUUAUGUGGUUACAAAGUUUCAAUGUCUCACGCUUCAGCAGGAUCUGUAAAAACUGAUGCACCUAUGAAUGUAAUAUGGGACGUUAUUAGAUCAUGGAUAAAACUUCAUCCUGUUACAAUGAAAAAUAUUAAAGAAAAUUCACCAGCAAGAAAAUUAUUAGAAGUUGAACCAGAAUUUAUUGCAGAUUUCACUAUUCAUGAAAAUGCAGAACCUCCUUCAAGAAAAAUAAAAUUAGUUAGAUAUCAACAAAAUCCUGAAAAAAAUUGGGGCCCUAAAGCAAGAGCUAAUGGAAAACGUAAAAUGUGA